GUAGUAGUAGUAGUGCAGCGGGGCGCUGGCGGCGGCGGGAUGUUCACCUGGCUGGGGAAGCAGGGCGGCGGACGGGAGCGUGCCGGUGGCAGCGAUGUGGUGCAAACGGUCACCGGGGCUCUACGGGACCUCUACCUCCGCAAGUUGCUGCCGCUGGAAGAGCACUACCGUUUCCAUGACUUCCACUCGCCCGCCCUGGAGGAGGCCGACUUCGAGAACAAGCCUAUGGUGCUACUGGUGGGGCAGUACAGCACCGGCAAGACCACCUUCAUCCGAUACUUGCUCGAACAAGACUUCCCAGGCAUGCGGAUUGGUCCAGAGCCCACCACCGAUUCUUUCAUUGCUGUGAUGUAUGGAGAAUCAGAAGGAAACAUUCCUGGAAAUGCCCUAGUUGUGGAUCCUAAGAAACCAUUCCGCAAGCUCAGCCGCUUUGGAAAUGCUUUCCUGAACAGGUUCAUGUGUUCUCAGUUACCUAACCAGGUACUGAAGAGCAUCAGUAUCAUCGACAGCCCUGGCAUUCUCUCUGGAGAGAAGCAGCGCAUCAGCAGAGGCUAUGACUUCUGCCAAGUUCUCCAGUGGUUUGCUGAGAGGGUCGACCGCAUCAUCCUCCUCUUUGAUGCCCAUAAGCUGGAUAUAUCUGAUGAGUUUUCAGAGGCUAUUAAGUCAUUCCGGGGCCAAGAUGACAAGAUUCGAGUGGUGCUUAAUAAGGCUGACCAAGUGGACACACAGCAGCUGAUGAGGGUCUACGGUGCUCUCAUGUGGUCCCUGGGAAAGGUGAUCAACACUCCAGAGGUGCUGCGGGUCUACAUUGGCUCCUUCUGGGCCCAUCCUCUCCGAAACACAGAUAAUCGAAGACUCUUUGAGGCCGAGGCACAGGAUCUUUUCAAGGACAUCCAGAGCCUCCCACAGAAGGCUGCUGUGAGGAAACUCAAUGACCUGAUUAAGAGGGCAAGACUUGCAAAGGUUCAUGCUUAUAUCAUCAGCUAUCUGAAAAAAGAAAUGCCCUCUGUGUUUGGCAAAGAGAAUAAGAAGAAGGAACUGAUCAACAGGUUACCAGAGAUAUACAUCCAGCUGCAAAGGGAAUAUCAUAUCUCAGCAGGAGACUUCCCUGAAGUUAAGAAAAUGCAGGAGCUGUUGGAGACGUGUGACUUCACUAAAUUUCAUUCUCUGAAACCAAAGCUCAUUGAAGCUGUGGAUAACAUGCUGGCCAACAAAAUUGCCUCCCUGAUGAACCUGAUCACUCAGGAGGAAAGCAAUAUGCCCACGGAGAUUGUCCAAGGCGGAGCAUUUGAUGGCACCAUGGCAGGACCUUUUGGCCACGGAUAUGGAGAAGGUGCUAAGGAAGGAGCUGAUGAAGACGAAUGGGUUGUGGCCAAAGAUAAACCUGCUUACGAUGAGAUCUUCUACACCCUGUCACCAAUCAAUGGCAAAAUAUCUGGGAUUAGUGCAAAGAAGGAGAUGGUGACUUCUAAACUACCCAACAGUGUCUUAGGGAAGAUCUGGAAACUUUCGGACUGUGAUGGCGAUGGGAUGUUGGAUGAUGAGGAGUUUGCCUUAGCGAAACAUCUCAUCAAGAUUAAACUGGAUGGAUAUGAACUGCCUGGCACACUCCCUUCCCACCUGGUGCCACCAUCUCACAGGAAACCUCUCCAGACAGUAGAGUGAAAAAUACACAGAGGAGCUUGGAAAUCUUUAAACAAACAUGUUGAAACCACCAAAAUUUGAGAAUUAGGCUUAAAUCUUUAAACCUUGCAGCACAUUUCACACGAGUUACUGAAAUUAGAAGCAUGAUAGCAGGGAAACAUUCAUGUAACUGUCCCUGCUGACCUUCACUCUGACAUGCUUAUCACAAGUGCCUUGUCUGUCAUAAGGUGAAAAUGUUUUUUUUUGUCCUGCUUCUGUGUCUUGCUGCCUUUACAGCCAUACAGCAAAGACCAUGUAUAGAAACCACUGACCUUCACCAAACCUAAAGACUUAGCAACCAUAGGUUUCUCCAAACUAACUUAAAUAGUGCAAGGAAGCUCUCCAUGCUAAAUUCACCUGCCUAUGCAAGUAACAUGUUCUAUGCUAAAAACAUACUUCAGGCAUCAAGUGAAGGUCAACCUCUCUGUAGUUUUAAGAAAAGGCUGAUACAAAAGGGAAGUAUUCAUUUUCUUUUCAUUGUUUAAUAGGGAGUUACAAAAAAGAGAGAAGAAUAAUGGGGAGAGCUUUUUAAGUGCUAAGAAUAUGAGCAGACUUGUCUUAAAACUUUACUGAUUAUAUCCAGAAAUGCAAAAUAUUAAGAUGAUUCUGCCAGUCUGUCAUCAUUGUGUCUUGUUAUCUGAAGACCUGCCUCUUCAGUUCCAGCCAGCACUAUAUCCUCAGUAUUAGCACUGGAAGAACUACAUCCCCUUUGCUCCUUGGAUUUGAAGUUUCUUUUGAGGUUUUGGUUUAGGUGCCCUGCAGAUUGAUGAAUUCCUGAGUUCUUCAAAGUGAUAGCAGAAUAUUUUCAUAA